GGGCAGCUAGGAAAACAUCACUUCCUGUCAUUUCUACCAGCCAACGGAAAUAGAUAAUUGAGCAAAAUGGCUCAAAUGGCAACCCCCUAUGUUGAAGAUGAAUCUGGGAAAUACAUUGCUGCUACACAGCGACCUGAUGGAACCUGGAGAAAGCCUCGGAAAGUGAAGGAUGGUUAUACCCCUCAGGAAGAAGUCCCUGUCUACGAGAAUAAAUUUGUGAAGUUCUUCAAGGGCAAGCCCGACCUGCCACCAGGUAUGAGCCCCGGAGAUGAGGCCCAGGCAAGGCAGCAGCAGCAGGUGAUUCCCGGCAUUGCAGAGAGUGAGACAGCUGGGCUUUCCAAGACAGCCAAGCGAAACAUGAAACGUAAGGAAAAGCGCAAGCUGCAAGGCCCGGAUAGCAAUGUGGAAGCACUUAUCAAUGCUGUUGAGAAUGUGGCGAUUGCAGAGGGCGGUGACAGUGAGAUGCCUACAUCUAACCCAGCUGAAGCUACUAAUGACCAUUCAGGAGCAGCAGCAGAAAAGGCCAAGAAGAUCAAGAACCUGAAAAAGAAGUUGAGGCAGGUUGAGGAACUGCAGCAGAAACUGGACUCUGGGGAGAUCAAGCAAGCUACAAAAGAGCAGCUGGAUAAGCUUGGGAGGGCCAAGGCCAUACAGGAUGGAUUGCUGCAGCUUGAAGAGGAUUCAGGGGAUUAAAAAGGUUGUCAAAAGGGCAGCAGACGAGUUAUGGAAGUUAGACUGUUGGAAAAUACAAACACCAAGUUCUACAAGAAAUGGAUAUUUACAGCUGCAUUGAUGAGCUUCCCUUAAACAUUUUUCUGAGAUUUGGUGUUAUCAGACAGCCAAUCAACAUUAACUUUGGCUUUGGAAUACCAAGUGUACAUAAACCUAACACCUCAAGUUAUGUUGUUGACAAGAACUGAUCAUGCUUUUCCCACACUUUCUCCAAAACCAAUGAACAAACGACAAAGCCAUGUUUUUUCUCUUCAUUUCAAAUGUACUUUUAAAACAAUUGAACUGAUCCCGGAUGCUUGUAUUGGCUAUUAACUUAUUGGCCAUUCAUAGUUGUAAUAGCAUUUAUUUUUGUGCUCAGUAUUUUUACUGUGCAUUUUUUUGUACCUUUAUCUGUCAAGAGAAUUGCAUAGAAUAUUAUUUAUUGCAUUAAAGAUACAGAAAGCCCCUA